AUGAAGCAGGCGCUCUCUGACACAGUACUCAGCGAUGACGCGAUGCUGCACCAGUACGCACCGUACUUCGGGCACGCGCGCCUCGUGCGAGCGAUAGCGACGAUGUACUCGCCGUUACACGGCCGACGACUGAACGCCGACAACAUCACGGUCACGUGCGGAGCGUUCUGUGCUCUGUCCGCCUGCAUCACGGCGUGUGAGGAUCCUGGCGACGAGGUUCUCGUCGUAGAGCCGUACUACGAUGAGAUGACGCACAUGGCAGGAGGCACGCCCAUCUUCGUACCGAUGCGGCCGCAGAAACAGCAGCAGCAGCAGGGAGGUGAGACGGCAACGACGAGCGGAGACUGGAAGAUCGAUGCGGAUGAGCUGGAGCGAUGCUGCGGCCCGAAGACGAAGAUGCUGAUCCUGAACUCGCCCAACAACCACGUCGGCAAGGUGUUCGACGGAGACGAACUACGCAUGCUCGCCGACGUCGCGCGCCGACGCGACCUCGUCGUCGUCUCGGACGAGGUCUACGAGUGGUUGACAUUCGACACGCGCAGCCACGUUCGCGUCGCCGGACAUGUGGCAACGCACGCUCAACAUCAGCAGCAGCGGCAAGAUGUUCAGCGGGACGGGGUGGAGGACGGGGGGCUGGGUCAUCGCCUCCAACACCUUCACGGGUCCUGUCAGGUCGGUGCUUGGAACCUCUAUUGGUAUCGUUCACACUCCAGCUCAGGAAGCGAUUGCUAUUGGGUUGGAGCGAGAGCUGACGAGGUUGAAUAG